AUGGAAAAUAUUUACAAUGUUGUGAGCAGGACCAUUUCAGCUCAAGAUCUGUCCCAUUUUUCAGCAAGUUUCAGAAUAAUACUUAGGGGGGAAGUUGUGGAACAUCAAAAUAUCGCUAAUGAUCUCAAAUUUCAACAAUUUAUUGUGUAUAAACCUCAGAAUGCAGGAGUUGUUGAUGGUCAAAUUAUAAAAACUAUUGGGUUUCUUAACAACUUCUUUCUGUUGGUACUUGAUGCAAAGCUCAAGGCUCAAAUCACCAGAGACAUGUACAAGUAUGUCCAAGAAUCUAUGACAAAUUGGAGCCAUGACCGACCCAUCUACAUUCAGGAUGAAACAAAAAAUAUUGCAUUUCAAGUACUAGUUAAGGCAUUGAUUAAUUUGGAUCCUAGUGAGGAAAUGGAGUCUCUAAGAAAACAAUUUCAAGAAUUCAUUGCAGGCCUCAUGUCAUUACCAAUAAACAUUCCUGGAACUAGGCUUCACAGAUCAUUACAGGCAAAGAAAAAAAUGGUGCAGCAAGUAUAG